CCUUCUUCAGACAACAACCUUCAAUUAAAUCUUCUCUCACCUUUACUUCACUCUCACCUCUUCCAUCUCUUGACUCUCUGCACUCGCACUGUCAUACUCCUGCGACUCCCUGAGACCAUUCUCUAGACCUUGUUCUCUAUUUCCCCUCCCUCUUCCUUGACAAACAGAAACAGCAUCCAGCGCCCAUCAUGUCUUACGGUGGUGGUUACGGCGGAUCGCGCGACGGUGGCUAUUCCAAUGGUUACUCCGGCGGACACUCGAACGGUAACUCCAACGGAUACUCUGGCGGAGGCGGCGGCGGCUACGGUGGCUCAAACGGCUACUCUGGCGGCGGCGGUGGUGGCGCUGGCGGCGACAGAAUGUCAAACCUCGGUGCAGGACUGAAGACCCAACAUUGGGACAUUGCCACUAUGCCCAAGUUUGAAAAAUCAUUCUACAAAGAGGAUCCUGCUGUUACGAACCGAUCACAGAAAGAAGUCGAUGACUUCCGCCGCAAAAUGGAAAUCUCUAUUCAAGGCAAAAAUGUUCCACGACCAGUACAAUCCUUUGACGAGGCUGGCUUUCCUGCCUAUGUCAUGUCGGAGGUCAAGGCACAAGGUUUCGCAGCCCCAACAGCAAUUCAGUCCCAGGGUUGGCCUAUGGCGCUGUCGGGACGCGAUGUCGUUGGUAUUGCAGAGACCGGAUCUGGCAAGACCCUGACAUACUGCCUUCCCGCCAUUGUUCACAUCAACGCACAACCGCUCCUAGCUCCUGGCGACGGACCCAUCGUUCUUGUCCUUGCGCCCACUCGAGAACUUGCAGUUCAAAUUCAACAGGAAAUGACCAAAUUCGGCAAAUCAUCCCGCAUCCGAAACACUUGCGUCUACGGUGGUGUUCCCAAAGGUGGACAAAUCCGCGAUCUUUCUAGAGGUGUGGAAGUGUGCAUCGCUACUCCAGGUCGUUUGAUCGACAUGCUCGAGUCUGGAAAGACAAAUCUCCGUCGUGUCACUUACUUGGUUCUUGACGAGGCCGAUCGUAUGCUUGACAUGGGUUUCGAGCCUCAGAUUCGAAAAAUCAUCGGCCAGAUCCGUCCUGAUCGUCAAACCUGCAUGUGGUCCGCCACCUGGCCCAAGGAUGUUCGUCAAUUGGCCUCUGACUUCCAGUCCGACUUCAUCCAAGUCAAUGUUGGAUCCCACGAUCUGUCGGCCAACCACCGAAUCACUCAAAUCGUCGAAGUUGUGUCCGAAUUCGAAAAGCGAGACCGCAUGAUCAAGCACCUCGAGCAGAUCAUGGAGGACCGCGAAAACAAGAUCCUGAUAUUCACCGGCACCAAACGCGUUGCUGACGAAAUUACCCGUUUCCUGCGUCAAGAUGGCUGGCCCGCGCUCUCAAUUCACGGUGACAAGCAACAAAACGAACGUGAUUGGGUUCUCAACGAAUUCAAGGGUGGCAAGAGCCCGAUCAUGGUUGCUACGGAUGUCGCCUCCCGUGGUAUCGAUGUGCGAGACAUUACUCACGUGUUCAACUAUGAUUACCCCAACAACUCAGAAGACUACGUUCACCGAAUUGGCCGAACUGGUCGUGCAGGCAGAAAGGGAACAGCUAUCACACUCUUCACCACCGAGAAUGCCAAACAAGCCCGUGACCUUGUCAACAUCUUGACCGAGUCCAAGCAAAACAUCGAUCCUCGUCUUGCGGAAAUGGGACGUUACUCCGGUGGAGGCGGCGGUGGUCGCGGCUAUGGUGGCCGUGGUGGUCACCGUGGUGGUCGUGGUGGCGGUGGCGGCUUCACUGCUUCCAAUUCUGCACCUCUCGGCCGCAGCCGAUGGUAGACGUGCUCGAUUCCCGUGACUGACGACACGUCUUCGACCUCGAUGUUUUCAUUCCGCCUUGCGAUCGUUCACGGGGCUUCUUUUCCGCAGAUGGUGCACAAAAAUGACUACGCGCAAUAGACUGGUCGAUUUCGACGAUAUUGGUGUUCGGCGUCAAGUGAGUGAGAGAUGAAGGAAAUGAUUCUUCAAACUGGGAAGGUGGUUUUUCGUUUCAAGAAUGGGCAUUGUUUCAACUGAUCUUGCAGUGGCACAGCUGAGCUGAUAUCAGACUGUGAGUGCCACGAAUGAUAGACAAGCAUCCAUGAUGGUUCAUGCGACGCUGUUGUGUCUUCUAUCGAGGCAUGUUUAGCGCAUGAGCACAACAUGAGCAAUAUGUGCCCAAAGAAUAGACAUAGAGAGUUGCUCUUAGAGCUGUGUACAUCAUUCAAGCAUUUGCCAGGUUGA